CGCGCGCGCGAGGUUAUGCGGAGCUGUCAAAGUGUCAACGUUAUCAUUGCUGCCAUAAAUUGUUGACAGGCUGCUUGUCGUCGGCCCCCAUACGAUGGAAAUUGUCGACCUGAUAUCCAUACCUAGAGUCGAUCAGGUCGUGCUGACUGACAAGACCAAGGAGGAGUCGAAUAACAGCCGGAUCGAGGGAACAUUGUGCAUCAGUGGCCAUCACCUUAUACUCUCUGACAGGCAGAAAAAUAAUCAGCAAGAGCUAUGGCUCCUCUACCGCAAUAUCGACGUUAUAGAGAGAAAAAUAAACAACCAAAUUCCUGGAGGUAGCAUUAUUUUAAAAUGUAAAGACUUUCACAUCUACCAGCUAGAUUUUGGAUCCACAAGUGACUUAACAAAAGUGGCACAAACUAUAGAAAAAUUGACAUGUUUAGAACAAACAAUGCAAUAUCCCUUUUUCUAUAGGUCACAGUCAAAAGUACAAAUAGAAGAUGGCUGGACUGCAUUCCUGCCACUUUCCGAAUGGUCUAGAUUAUUAGCUAUCCACGGCGACGAAUGGCGCAUUAGUCAUAUAAAUAAAGACUAUAAAGUUUGUAGUUCUUAUUCAGCUGAAGUUAUAGUACCUAAGCACAUAGAAGACGAAAUAAUAGUCUCUUCAGCUAACUUUAGAGAUAGCGGAAGGUUUCCUGUGCUUUGCUACAGGCACGAAGGAGGGGGUAUUCUUAUUAGAAGUAGCCAACCAAUGUGCGGCCCAACUGGAAAAAGAUGCAAGGGCGAUGAAAUGCUGAUAAAUUCGUAUCUAAGGCCUGGAAAAAGAGGAGUGAUUGUAGAUACUCGAAGUCUCACACAAGCACAGAACACUAGAACCAAAGGCGGGGGUACAGAAAUAGAUUCUGCAUAUCCACAAUGGCUUAAAUCACACAAAACGAUAGCUCGUUCUGGAGAGUUGUCUGAAAGUUUAUCGAAAUUAAUAGAAGCGUGCAAUGAUGCAAACUGUUCUACCUCGCAAUGGUUAUCCAAGCUAGAAAGUAGUAAGUGGCUCACAGCUGUCCAAGAUGCCAUGAAUGCAGCCUGCGUAACCGCACAGUGUCUCGAACAGGAGCAAACUGCCGUCUUGGUGCAUGGUGGUAGUGGACGAGAUACCACUCUAAUAGUAACGAGUUUGGUGCAGACAAUUUUAAACCCAGACUGCCGGACCGUCCGAGGUUUACAAGCUUUAAUAGAGCGCGAAUGGCUGCAAGCCGGCCACCCAUUCUACACACGAACUCGCCACGCAGCCUAUUAUUACGGUCAAAAUUCAACAGACGCCCCCACGUUUUUACUAUUUUUGGACUGCCUUUAUCAAUUAAAUUUUCAAUUUCAAUUGAGCUUUGAGUACACGACUCAAUUACUAGUCGAAAUUUUUAGGAAUGUCUACUCAUCAAACUAUGGAACGUUCUUAGGUGACUCGGAGUCGGAACGAAGCCGACUGAAGCUAGCAGAGCGAACGGCCAGCUUAUGGUCGUACCUGAACCAACCAGACGUCCUCGAAAAGUACAUUAAUCCCCUGUACGAGCCUAAUGCUGGUAUAAUCUGGCCAAGCGUCGCUCCAAUAAGCAUCGAAUUAUGGCGUGAGCUAUAUCUGGGGCAUACGAACGCUGCACCUUGGGAUGGUCUCCUGAAUUGUGCAAAAGAACUUAAAGAACACCAUCAAAAAGUGAAACGAAGCGCUCAAGAGUUGCAUCAGCAGAUCAGACAAGUGCUCAAGGAGACUGGUUUACUGUCUCAAUCAAUGCCUGAUGGUAACAGUGAAGCACCGGCUUGUGUUAGCGUAGAUACUAGUGAGCAGCAAGCACAGGCUCGAGAGGAGGCUCGCCGUGCUCUAGCUCAGCUUGAUCUUGAACAGAGUAUCUGAUACCAAAACUUUAGCUCUGAGCUUUCGCCAAGCUGGGUCUUUUGUUAAAUAAGGAUUCCAGAAGAGUGAUAAUUCGAAGAUUAUGGAUGGUAAGAAAAUUGGAGUUAGAAUUCUCAAUGAUGAACUUACUGUGGUGGUAAGAACACCUGAAAAUCAGAGACAGGUGUGGUUUACUAUUUUUUGAGCUGUGAAUUUUGAGUGCAGUAAUGAAGUAAUCAUGCCAUUAGAUACUUUUUUGUAUUAUUUAUAAUUUCGAGAGGUGCAUUAUUUCAUAUGCUUUUUAUGAGAUUUGAAAUUAUCUUUAAAAUUUUGCUGUAAUGAAUUUAACUAAUAACUUAAUUUAUAUACACAUGUAUUAUCAGUUUCGUGUUGAUUUUAAGUAAGUAUUUAGAAAUUAUGUGUCUAGAUUUCUUAAGAGGUUAAAAAAAGUCAAUUAUUUAGUUACACUAUUACAACAAAAAACGAUUUUAAAAAUCGAUCUACUUAAAAAUCAUAAAAGUUAAAUUACUCACACGAAACCGUUUAGCUUCUCCCUUAGGAGCUAACACUUUUUUACAGUUGAUAUUUUGCGCAGCACUGUGAUUCAAGUCAUAAUUUUUUUUACAUUUUAAGCUCAGCUGUGAAAAAAAAUUGAUUCGUUGUACAUGAUUUUGUAAAGAAUUAUUUGUAAUUAUUUUUUAGUUGUAAUGUGAUGAAAAAAUUGAUUGGGAACUCAACGAUACCGAGAAUACUUGAAAAUAUUUAACACAUCGAGGGUUUUGCAAAGCUUUUUAUUUCUUUCACUAAAGAGUCAAUUUAACAUUCAUUUGGCGCUAGUGGUAUCGUUGACUUGCCAAUACAUUUUGCGUUUUAAACUCACACCCUUUUUGGAUAAAGAAGAUUUCAAAUCCAUUAGCUAUCAGUUUUUUAAAAAUUUUUCUGUGUAAUUAUGAUUGAAACUCCAAAGACUUAUACAAGCUAUUCAUGGAAAUGGAAAAAGUAUUCAUCUUAAUUAUACAUAAACAAUACUUUUCGCGAGUUUAUAUUUUUAACAUUACCGAUUGAUGUUGACAAAUUCAAGAAAAAAUAGUAAAUAUAUAUUGCCUUGGUGUGAAUAUAUUUUUAUUGAUAAAAUGUACAAUUAAAUCAACUUCGAACUAUUUACACAUAUAAAUACGUAUUUUCUUUGUAAGACGUUUGAUGUAUUAUUUUUUUAUUUCAACAGAGUUUUGAAGAAACUUAUUGUAAAUUAUAUGAAUAAUGUUAACCAUUUUGGCGGCUACACCUCUGCCCAGCAGUCACGUACCGACCGCACUCCGCACUAGGGUCCCUCGGAACCCUAAUAACAAAUAUACCUGUAACUAUCGUAA